AUGGCGUCCCUCACCACCACCACCGCCUCCUCGCCGGCCGCCCUGCCCGCGGCGGCCUCCGCCGCCCCGGCCACGGCCUCGUCCGUCUCGCCCACCGCGGCCGCCUCCAAGCGCCCGCACCUCGCCGGCGACGACGCGCCCUGGCGCGUCGCGGCCGCCGGCUCCGCCGGAAUCCGCCCCGUCCCGCGCAUCCACCACGCCCCCGUCCUCCGCGUCGCCCAGGACGACUCCUCCGCCUACGCCCUCGCCAUCAUGAGGAAUCCGGAUCCGAUAGGGAUGGGGCUGGCCAUGGAGGCCGUAGCUGAGGCUGCUGGCCCGGAGUGCCUCGUGCCCGGCCAGCAGGCGCCUCUGCGGCUGAUGGGACUCAAGGUUUGGCCCCUAGAUAUAGAGAUGAAGUUCUUGGAACCAUUUGGCCGGGAAUUACACUCCAUGAAGAAGUUCAUGGACAAAUCAUGCAGCGUCAUGGACUCAUCUUCUAUAGCACAUAAGUAG